AUGGCUGAAGAAGAAAUAAUAGGAGAAUUUGGAAAUGAAGAAGAAAUAAUAGAAGAGGCUGCUCCCGAAGAAGUGGAACAAGAGUCAGUGGAAGACGAAUCAAUUCUCACUGAAUACGAUCCUGAUGAUUUUCUGUCUGGUGCCGUAAACAGUUUGGACUCAACAAUACCCCUUAAUUUAUUUGAUUUUGAACAUUCAUAUGGGUACAACUGCCAAAAGUACUUCAAUAUAUGCGCGUGUGAUGAUUCGGUGGUUUGUUGGGCUGCGGGCAGCAUCAUUGCAUUCUUGGAUGUUAAUACAAAACAGGUGUGGUUCCGAAGAAGUUCCACAGGAGGUUCCGUGGGGGCAUUGACGUCUUACAGAAAAGACCCAAAUUAUCGCAUAGUGAUCGCGGAAGGUAGAGAAGGUGAGCGAGAUCCAAUAAUACUACUUUACACGUGGCCCCAAAUGGAAAUAGAUGCUGUUCUACGCGACGGCACAGCUAAUGCUUUUUCGGUCUUGGAUUUCAGUCCUGACGGCGAGCUCCUAGCGUCUGUAGGGAAGGAACCGGAUUAUAACUUGACGAUAUGGAACUGGAAACGACAUAAAAUUCUUCUGCGCACAAGUGCUUUUUCGUUCGAUGUUAAUACUGUUAUGUUUUCGCCGUACUGCCCAGGCCAACUUACAACAGCAGGAGCGGCGCAUAUUAAAUGUUGGAAAAUGGCGCAUACUUUUACGGGACUUAAAUUAAAAGGAGAACUUGGCCGAUUCGGUAAAACAGAAAUCUGCGAUGUGCUCGGUGUAUAUCCAAUGCCCGAUGAGAAAAUACUAUCUGGUUGCGAGUGGGGUAAUAUUCUCGUAUGGGAAGCUGGUCUAGUUAAAUUGGAAGUUACUCAACGUGGAAGAAAAACCUGCCAUAAAGCACCAAUCGUACAAUUUAUGUUAAGCCCGGCUGGUGAUGAAGUCACCACAAUCGCUCGUGACGGAUAUAUUCGUACUUGGUAUUGGGACACAGUUGAUCAAGCUGAUCCACCUGAAGACGAUCUAUACGUGGAAUUGAACCCGGUUGCUGAAACUUAUGUACCGGGAUGUCAAAUAAUGUGCUUGAAGCACCAACAUGAUAUGUACUGGUACGCUCAAGAUGCCAAUGGUGGAAUCUGGACUGUUGAUAUAGAGAUAGACAAAUUACAAUGUAAUCAUACAAAGAUUAUGACAUGUCAUGCCAGUGGUAUAGUAGCGAUGGCUGCAUUACGCACAUGUCCGAUACUAGUUAGUGCUGGAUGUGACGGAGCGUUGCAUGCAUAUAACACUGAGACUCACGCACUGCUUGCAAAGUAUCAGUUCCAGGCAGCCAUUACUUGUAUGCUCUAUCCUCCAUCAGACGUCGAUGCAACUUCACGAAUAAUAUUGGUAGGGUUUGCUGAUGGGAUCAUGCGAACACUGCUCAUUCAUCCGGAGCGUCUUCAGGCGCAAUCAACGUUAAUAGAAGUUCGUGUACAUUCUGAUCUCACUGUUCACAGUGAAGACUCUAUUCAUGCUGACGUCAUAGAUCUGAUAUCGUUGUUAAAACCACACUCUAAGUCCUUGACGCAAAUAACAAUAAAUGAGCAGCGAACGUUACUUGUGACAUGUGGAGAUGACAGCACGAUAUUUUUAUACCAUUUGGAAUUAGGAACGCCUUUUAAGCUUCAUAGAUUGGGUUUUAUACAAACUCCUAACAAUGUAGCUUUUAUGACUUGGAAACCAAAUGAAGAACGUGUUCUUCUGCUGUGUGGUGAACUUGGACUUAUUAUUGAAGCUACGCUGCCAGAUAUUCCUAUAAAAAAAUACAAUGAAAUCACUACUUUUAAACAAGAAUUUAUAUCAACUGAAGAAAUAGUUGUAAAAAAAUAUUAUAUGCGUAAUAGACCAUUCCCGACCGAAGAAGAUUUAGCAAGUAUUGAUGAAGAAGCUCUUAAAGCUCAAGAGGAAAGUGAAAAAGAUAAAGAUGAAGAAGAGGAAGAAUAUAUUGGUGAAAUACAAUUAGUGGAAAGUGAAAAUGAGUCGGGUACUACUAUAUCAUGGGCUCAGUAUUGCGAUGAAGGUAUAUGGAUAGUGCAACAACAUACUGGAGCGCUGUUGCUCGUCAGACCUGGAAAUAAUAAGAUAAUAAAAUAUGGACCUAUCCCUGGCGCGUGGUGCGAUGAUAUUACAACUUUAAAGUUCAUUUGCGAGGAUCGCUAUCUUGCAUUGGGAACGAACUCAGGAUACAUUCGCGUAGUGCGCAUGCCUUUUGAAGAAGAAGAUACGCCAGAAUACCAUUACUUGACGUGGAAAAUGGCACAGCAGAAACUACUUAAAAAGCUCAAAGGGAGACGCUUAGCGAAGGAAGAGAAUCAACCGACACCGAGAAUAGAUUUUAUUGAUUACUACUAUCUUCCAAUUCAUGAUCGCUACACGGGAGCUAUAACUUGUCUGGAAUUUAGUUUUGAUAACAAAUAUUUAUACACAAGUGGGCGAGAUGGUAAUAUUUUCUCGUUCAUUAUUAACUUUUCGGAACCUUUAAUUACUUUCCCUUCUUUUGAGCCAGAAAAAGAAACUAUCAAAGUAGAAAAGAUUAAAGAACCCAGUACUGUUGACGGAGAACUAAUGUCGCAUGAGCAACUCAAACAAAAGGAGGAGUACGACAAGAUGAUAUCGAUAGCCAACGCUCACAAGAAACGUGUUCGCGACCAACUCGCGGAGUUGACCGCUGAAUACACUAAACUUAUUAAAGCGAACCGAUCUCUACCAUAUUCACAACAAAUGGAUGUAACUCUGGACCCUCGUCCGCUUGUGGUGCAAGAGCAGGAAUUGGAAGAAGCAAAAGCACUCACUCGUCGUAAGCUGGCACAUCAGCUAGAAGCCUCAGACUUAGCUCUGCACAAGAUGUACUCAAGAAAUAUCAUACAACUUGAUGUGUUUCCGUUCACUUUAAAGGCUAUCAGGGAUCCCGAAAUUAUGAUAAGACCAUUACGACAGAAAAAUCUAUCCAGGGCGUUCACUGCCCAACUUCAAGAAGUUCAUCAGAAAAUGUAUGAAGCAUCACUUCGCGGACGGAGAGCAGAAUCCUCAACUCAGAAAGCGGUAGCGAAGAAGGUAUCAUUAGGACCUCCUCGCGUCGCGUCAUUUUUGCUGGGCCUACCGCCGAAUCCACCUCAUCCUCUGAAGAAAGCACUACGGAACUAUUACCAGAGACUCAACCGUCACCAUAUUCAAUUCAUUGAGUGGCAAGAACAUUUGUCGCGAAAACCAGAUUCUCAUGCGUUACCUCCAGGCGCUGCAGAUGCAUUAAAAGAAGCCGAAGAAACCAUUGGUAAUCGCGUUCUGAAAACACAACCUGACUACGUAGCGCCACAAGGUCACAAUACACAGCUUCGUAUCUGUCUUACUCGUAAAGAAAUAUACGAUAAUAAGCGAGAAUUUAACGAGAAGGUAUUGAAGCUACGAGAACAAAAAGUUAGACUAGUUGAAAAAAUGCAAGAAAUUGGGAAGCGUUUGGCAGAAAUACGGGUCGAAAUUCCUCACAAACUUGCCAAUCAACCGCCCCACGUGCCAAUCAUUGAUGACAAUCUAGAGUUUCCGGAAAAAAAUCUUGAGAUAAAACCUGAAAUCACAGUUCAGGCCGGACAUCGUGCGACAAUAGCACGAAAACCGCAAGAACGAAGACGAUCGAUGAUGUAUCCACAACAGCGAGUUCGUCAGCCGAGAGUUGCUCGCUUCGUACCUAUAACCGAAUCCCGGCCACUCACUGCAUCUUGGGAGCUUUUGAAACCCAAACAAGACCAAGAAUCAUCUACCAUUGAAAUUGAAAUUCGAGAAAGGCGAAUUGAAAGGCAUUUAUAUGAGCAAGACGUACUGAUAGUGGAUGCUGACAUCUUGGUUCAGGAGUUCGACUCCAGGCUUCGACAACUUCAACGAGAACGUAUACGCGUGCAGGAGAAAAAUCAAUUACUGGAACUGCAUCUAUACCAGUUACACAGGGAAAUGACUGUGUUAAACCGUUUUGAGGCUCACGAAGAUCGUUUAGCAGAGAGGGUCUACGCUAAAUUGAUGCAGGUGCGAAAUGUAAAUGACCAGAUAAUCGAUUGUGAGCGUCGAAUUGAAGAACACAAAGCGGAAAAGGAACGGCUCGAUCUGGCGUGUCAGGAAUUGCAGAGACAGUUCAAGAAAUUAGUGCAAGAUAAUAAAUUCGCUGAUUUCCUCCGAAGAAUAUUUAAGAAGAAAUAUCGACCCCCACGCGAUAGAAAUGAAGAUGAAUCGUCUGAAUCCGAAUCCAGUUCGUCUUCAAGUGAAGAAGAAGACGAAGGCAGUAUAGACAGCCGAGACAUUGGACCCAUAAGACUUGAUCCGAACAUCUGUCCAGAUGGUUGUGAUCCAGAUAUUUACAAUAAGACUUAUGAGCUUAGAAAUACAAGACAUAAACAUGAACAAGAAAUGCUAGAGCAGGAUCGCUUGGUAGACCUUCUGCGGAAGGACAUCGAUGCACAUAACAAAAUCAAGAGAAAGUUUUCAAUUCAAUUAGAGAAAAGGAAACAAGAAUUGAGAGAAUUUAUGAUGGAAAAACAAAGCUGCAUGAACGAAGUUGACCAAGUUGUGAUACUACGUUACGAUCAGAUACGAGCUUCAGCUAUACGCGGAUGCACUGGACCCGGGGGACUGUCACAAACGGUCGUAUUUCCAGAGAAGAUGCUCAGCAAGCUGCGGCGGAGAGUACUGGAAUUGCAAGACGAGAUUCAACAACAGAAACAACGACAAAAAGUGAAUCGCACUCACUUGUUCCGCAUGAACGUGGACCUGCGCGCGAUGGAGGCGCGCGCGGCCGAGCUGGGCGCCGCCAUGCGCGACGUGCUGACGCGCAAGCUGGGCCGCCCGCGCCGCGUGGACCGCGCGCUCGACGACUUGCUGCGCCGCCUCGCGCGCCGACACAAGUUCUCCGUCGCGCUCGACGUGCUGCCGCACAUGCUUGCGCAGCUCACGAGCUGGCGAGAACGUCACAGUGGACUGGAACAGAAAUAUCUAACCAUCCUGAAUCGAUACUCUGAUCGACUUCGACUCGCUGCGGCUCUUCAGGCUGAAGUAUAUCCACAAAAGCAAGCAAAAGAUUGGACUAUUAUGGCUGGAGGUUACGAACCUGAACAGUACCAGCGUGACGUCAUCCGCCUGCGUAUUAUUCGAUCUCAACAAUGGCAACAAAUUCAGGCCUUGGAAGAAGAAAUUCACCAGUUACGCUUGAAACCUUUGUCGCAGAUCUCAACAAUGUCUGUAUGCUCGCCACCUGUGUCAGAUCGUUCGGAAAUUAACCUCAAGAUUAUACACGCGACUGCGAGACCGUUGCGACAGAAAUAUUUUCCUAUAACACCUCUGGGCUCACAAGUUAAGAUAGUGUACGAGGUGAAUUUGAUGAAACUUUUAUAUGAUUGCUUGGAUCUGAUGCGAGUGACCCGAGAUGACGCUGAGGAACUUUUGCAAGAGCUGACAGCUGAGCUGACAAAAGUAGUUUCAGGUGCCAAAACUCGUUUCGAAGUCGUAGACGCGUUAGUCCGAAAGUGGCUACUCAAAUAUGGCGGAGACCCAAGUCUUUACAAGAAACAGACGCGCGCCUUCGAUGCUCUCGCUACUUUGGCUGAUCGACUAAUUAAACAACAUGUAGAAGCGAUGGAAGGCAUAGACCCGAAAACCCACGAAAUAAUGCAAUCUCUUGAAGCAGCCCUUAAAGAUGUAGCCGGAGAGAAACAAUCCCUUCAGGAUCGUCUCGGACCAGCUCUUGCUACAUUGCUGCAUACCGCAGAAUCAGAAAGUGAAGAUGCCAUGGCUAUUACUAUGACGUCGCUAGUGCAGUCUCUUGUCGAUGAAGCACAUCCUCUGACACCAGAAUCAAUCGAUCGCAUUGAAAUUUUCAACGUCGUUGAAGAUAUAAAAGAUUGCGGAGUAAAAGCAUCAGAGGAAGAACUAAAGAACGUUGUAAAGUUGGCAAUAGAUUGUCUUCGCGCUCAACUGGUCAGCCUUGAAGAAAAGCGAGAGUUGGACAAAGAAAUAGAAGACGCUCUCCAUGUCGAUACGGAAUCUCUUGCAACAGACCGCGACUCUUCCGACGACAAGACAAAGACAAAAUAAGUAUUAUUAAGUUAAUAUUUAGAAGUAUUUAACUUAUCGAAGUCUAUUUUAUU